CCCAUGCUAACUCACCAGUCUGCAGGCACCGAUUCCUUCCGCCUCCCCAACCGGCCCUUCCAUACCACCACACACCUCUUCCUCCCCAAACAACCUGAUCGCCACCGCCGCCCUCGAACCUUCACGCUCACCCCACCACAGCCGCCCUCAACAAAACCCUUUCCCACUUCCUCCUCCUCACCGGCUACCACCAGCUCAACACCACCAUCACCACCACCAACAACCACCACCCUAACCGAGCACUUCCUCACCGCGAUGCGCCUGCUCACGCACCCGGCGACGGUCUGCACAGCAACAGACCCGCGCACCACGCCGCCGACCCCCCGCGCCAUGACCAUGUCGUCGCUGACGUCGCUGACGCUGGCGCCGCCCGGCGCCCCGCCCGUCGUGACCUUCAACAUCGCCGUGCCGAGCCGCACGUUCGACGCGCUGGCCGCCAGCGGGCGCUUCAACGUGCACGUGCUGCGGGGCGACGCGGCUGGCGCGCGCGUGGCGGACUGGCUGGCGCGCGGCAGCGAGGGCGGCAGGGAGGUGUUUGAGCGGUUGGUCGCCGCCGGCGGUGAUGGCGGUGGUGGUGGUGGUGGUUGCCCUGGUGGUGUUGAGGUUGAUUUUGGGGAGGGGGACGGGGGGCAGGCAGGAGAGCCGCCGGUUUUGAAGGGCGACGGGGUGCUGUGUGUGCUGCGGUGCCGGCUGCUGCGGGGGGAUGGGGCGGCUGGUGAGGGGUGGGUGAGGGUGAGGGAUCAUGUUAUUGUGCUGGGGGAGGUGCUGGAGGUUGUUGGGGGUGUGUCCAAGGAUGGGAGCGAAACGGGCGAGAGGUUUGCGCUGGCGUAUGCUGAUAGACGGUACAGGCAACUGGGGAAUUGUAUAACACCGGUGGAAAAGGAGGAGGAAGAGACGGUCAUAGACGAGUGAAAAGUGGGGGUCCUUCGAUCACGAAGACGUGUACGAUUGCGUGUUCUAAUUUCUACUCGGGACUCACUUGGCGACGGCGUCGGCGGGGCACUGCACGAGUCACUUGGACCUCUACAGGGAACACAAGCAUGGCACGAA